AUGUCGUCAUCGCCGAUGACACCAACGUUUCGAAAGACACGUUCGUCGAAUUUCGUUUCCAAUUCCAUCGACGGUCGAAAUGUCUAUGAAGAUUUUCAUCGAACUAUCCGUUCGACAAGUGAAUUCACUCAGGUUUAUCAACAAUAUUCUCAAUCUCAAACACAUCGAUCGACAUUGAUUUCGGCACUUCUGAAAGUCUUAGCGUCAGAGAAUGUCGAUACAGAAAUACAAACAUUCAUUGUUGAUUGUCUGAUUACUCAUUCGGAUAAUUUAUCUGAUACACAAUUCAAACAAGAGAUUUUACCGUUCAUGAAACAAGUUCUAUCCAAAACCGAUGAAGAAUCUACGAAUUUAUCCUUAUCCAUCUUACGAUUCUUGCGUGUACUAGUCGAAUAUCGGCCGAAUAUCUUAAUGUUAACAUUGGCCGAAUGGCUUUCGUGUUUAUUGAACUUCCUGGUGACACAUUUCUCUGCAACAUUUUCCACGGUCUAUGCUGAUCUAGCGAAUGAUUUAUUUUCAAAAAUUAUCAAACAAUUCACGCCAUUGUCCAAGGAAAUCGUUGAUAUUCUCGGUCGAUCAUCGUUGAUAAUCUCCACUGAAUUUCUAGAUCAUUUGAGAGCAUGUAUCAAGAACACGGAUGAUAUUCGAUUAGCUUUGUUCAUGAUUCAUUUAUGGCAAUCAUUAGCAUGUCUUCUGAGCCGUUUAUUAAUACGUGGUCAUCCGAAAGGAAAUGAAAUACUUGCGAUCAUGGAAGACGCUUUUAUCGUUUCGAACUACUCAAUACGCAGUGCAGCAUUUACAGCUUGGUCUGAAUUCAUGUCACAUGUGCAUCAUUCUGAAGACAUUGAUAAUCCACAUUUAAAUCAACGUUUGUUGAAACUGUUCCUAGCACCAUUUCUACCUGAUUACACCUCAAAGAGUAAAUCAGCAUCGAUAUCGAAAUGUCAAGCGUGGAUUGCGCUGAUUUCAAUUUAUCCGAAGAAUCUCAACGAAAUUAUCCUACCAUUUCUUUCGUUUGCAUUCGGAAAUCACUUGACAUUAAAAACACUUUCAACAACAACAGCCUGGUGGUCCGAAUGUCGGCAAAUCGGUGCGCAAUUCCUGCACGAUCUUCUAACCAACAAUGUUCAUGGCGAAUAUUUGAUAAAACUCGCCGGAGACGAAAUUUUGAAUUAUCUGUUUGACUCCAUUGUCGAUCAAUUACUGGAAAACUCGAUCAAUUCCAAUGAAACACAAGAUCAAACGAUAUGGCUUAUAAGUUGGAAUGCGUAUUUGAAUCAUUUGAUUCAAAUCUUCAAAACAAACGAUUCAAUCAACGAAAAGCAACGUGUAGCGAUCAAUACAUGUUUAUUAACACGCAUCGAACAAAUGUGGAUCGAUUCAAGAAUUGAAACGCGAUAUCUUCUGAAACUGUUCGAAAGCUUUGAGCACAGUGGAUUUCCUUUAGCAAUCGAAACCGUUCUACGCGAUUCUAGUACACGAACAAAAACCUUAUCAGCUGCACAAAUUCAUCCCGCGUCAGGAAAUUAUCGAUCACAAGACAAAUCUCUCGUCUACCGAACUACCUUAUCGGAUCAAUAUCUUCACAUGAUGUUAGAACAUGCUAUCCGACUGAAUGACGAAGAUCAAGCACACGAGGAAAUUUAUCUUCAUGUUAUUUCAUAUUUGAUCGAUACAUUAUCAAAAACAUCGGAUGAAAAUUUUUGUUAUCAAACGAGCUCUCUUCUACUGAAAUGUUCAGUGGAACUCUAUCAUCAACCACUGAUGAUUCCGUCGUUGUUCUGGCACAUUUGGUUUCGAUGUUCAACACAUCUAAUCAAUAUUCUCAAUCGUUCAUCGACAUUCGAAUUGAACAACAAAGUCGACAAUCAAAAACAAGAUACGUCUAUCGAAUUAUUACUUCGUCCAUUCGCUUUCAAUGAUAUUCAUCGUCUGGAUUAUUCCUAUACACUAUUGUGGACACAAUUAUUCAAAGCAUUAUGCCGUUUAGCAUUGAUUAAUAAUGAUCCUCUGAAACAACAUUUAAUUCAUCUACUUGUUGAGUUAGUUCGAAAUGAACCGGCGUUUGAACAAGCAAUCAAUGAUCAGCAUAAUCAACGUUUAUUCGGCUUUAUUUUGAUUAUCAUGAAAAUCCUAUUGAAAACAUUCUCAGAUAUUGACUUAUCGAAUCUAUCUGAUCGAUCGACGAAUAAUUUUGUACAUCUGUUAUCGAACACUCAAAAACGUUCGUCACCAUCGUCAAUCAUUCUCUGUUUUACACAACUGUCAACUAUAACUAAUCAUAUUCUCCAACGUUUAUUAUCGAGCAAUGAAAACAGUACCCAGUACAUGCUCGUUUGUUGCUGUUUACUUAAAUCCAAUAAAGUCUCGUCCGGUGACCAGACUAAACUAUUCGUUUUUACAUACAUUCGAGAUCUUAUCGUCGAUCUGUUCAGUUUAUGUAAAAUAUAUUCACAUUUGGACAUUGUUCUGAGAAAUUUAACACAACUAGUGCCAUUUCUUUACUUAUAUGAACAAGCGAUUAAUGGAAAUGUACCAUUAGGCUCAUCACCAGUUUCAAUUCACAAACAACAAACAGAUAAUGUGAUUUUGAAUAAGGUCCUAUCGAUUAUAUCAUUAGUAUUCGAGCCGCCGAAUGGUUCGUCGUUAUUGCAACUUGUCUAUCCAAUAUUGAUUCUUGCUUUUCAACAUAAUAAAACAAUCAUGAGAAACAAAGCUCGAAAAUGCUGGAACGAAACAUUUGGACGAAUGACAUUGAUUGUUUAUCCAAAUGAACUUCGACUGUGCCUUCGUGAUCUGAAAGAUAAAGAACACUUACUAUUACCCUGCUUUCUUGCUGAUCAUGAUAAUAGCAAUACUGCUGGUAGUGGUGCACCGCCAAGUAGUACAGAUGAAAGUCAGCUGUCACAACAGGUUGACAUUGCUACCCCACUAAUUGUUCCAUCGACAGUGUCUAAACCACAUUCAUCACCGGCACGUUUCGUUACACCAACUGCAUCUUCGGCUCGUUCGACAACUACAACUGAUAAAAACGAGCCAGUCUUUGUUCCAAUUAUGAGCAACAUCAAUUAUAACAAUCAGUUGGAUGUACCAGUGGUGAUUAGUAAACGUCCAUCAUCGACCAGUGCUUGUUUAACGGAAAAGCAAAAGGAAAAACUACGUGCUCGUCACAAUAUUCCAUUACUUUGUGAUGAUAGUAGCAACACCCAAUCGAAUUCGUGCACGAUCGACACGCCAACAAUUGAAAAUAUGAUGCGUCAUCAUCAACUUCGACAGAUUAAUUGCGAGUACAAACAAUCACCAACAUUGCCUCUGUUCAAACAAACGUUUUCGGGUUCGACACAACAAACCAACACGAUUGCAAUUUCUUCAUCAUCGGAAACAGAUGAAAAUACACCGAAACAAACGGAAAACACAAAUGAAGAUAGCUCUGAUGAAUCUGCGAUCGCAAAAAAACUUCGUCGUUCUUGUCGGUCAUCAAUAUCAGUAAAAAAAAGUUUGAUAAAUAGUGCUCGAAAGAAGGAAGCCAGUGUCAUAACAACGAUAUCGAAUUCAGAUACAUUAGUUGACACACCUAAGUCCAAUUCGAUUAAAGGUAUUUUGAAACGGCUUUCGCCGACAAAACCUCGAUCUGAUCAUACGAAACGUGUGGUGUUUCACGAUCAAGUCAGAGUUCUCGUGUUUGCUUCACCGUCACGUCGUGAUCUUAAUGUUCAACAGAGGAAGAAAAGUCCAUGUAGUGAUCGACUGAAAUCACCGACUCGAAUUAUACCAAAAGAAAAUCUACCACUGAGAAAACAACCAACAUCCGCUAGACGUUUAAGCGCAAUGAAUCCAAUAGAGCAGAUUUCUAUACCGUCGCCUGCCUCUACAACGAAAACCCGUUCAUCAAAAUUAUUUCAUCCAAAUGAUGCACUAGCUGAUUGGACGCAAACCCAAGAGAUAUGUCAAAUUUCAUCAAACACUGAAACAAUCGAUUACAUUUUCCCAUCGUUGAUCGAUUGUAAUAAAUCAAUUGAUAGCCUCACUGAUCUCUUAUCUGAGAAUGAAUGUGCGAAUGAUAUUCUCAACCAUUUUCAAUCCAUUAACAUCGGUACCGUCGGUGAUCUUGCACGUUUAUCAUUGAAUCAAAUUGAAAUGGAGCCGAUUUUAUCAUCAAAGUUAGUUAACUUGCGAAGAGCACUUGCGUUUUAUCAAGAACGUCUUAUCGCUUCGUCAUCGACAAAUACGAUUGAUUGUUCUCUUACCGUUCGUACGACAAUGACAUCAGACGAAUCUAUGAUUAUUGACGAUAGCAAUCAAACAACAAACUUGUCUUCAAUGCCAAUAGGAAUGGCUACAAAUCCUUCGAAUAAACUAUACGAUGUUGAAACAUUGAUUAAUAGUCUUGAUUGUGAACAAUUAGAUUUAAACGAUGAAAUACCACUCUCAACUCAUCAGAUCACAUCGAUGAACGACGAACGAUUUUCUUCUCCAAGCAACCGUCGUUCAUCACCUAUGGAUGAAUCCACUCCUACAAAGCAAACUCUAGUAACUGUAACACUCGGUGAUCGCUUACAAAAUGCUGCAGAUCUUUGUAAGACAAUGGGAAGUCUUCCAUUCAAUGAUGAUUAUAUUGAACUUGUUCGUCAAUUAAUUACGAACUUGCUCUGUAUCAAAGAAAUAUUAGUCCAGCAAACUCCAUCUUUUGGAAUUCAUGUACAUAACAUUCAAAUAAAUGGAAUUGCGUACAUCAAACAAACGUGGAUUCUCUUUAUAUACGUGCGGGUUCAUUAUCACCCUAUAUUGGCAAGAAAUUCAAUGGCAACUCAAUGGUAUAUCUAUCUGCUGGUCAUAACAAUAGCUUUGAAUUGUAUCAAUGUCAUUGGAAAACCAGCCGUACUGACAUGUGACACAUACGCAACGUCAGCAACAUGUAGUCAAUCAGUGUCAUCGUCGGAAAGUGUAUCGAAUUGUGAUACAUGUUGCAAUGCGCUGAUUGAGCGUAUGUUCGAUUGUCCACCAUGCCGUUAUUUUCUUCUCUACCAUCGUCUGCAAGGAUCAAGCUGUUUCUGUACAGUUUGUUUUAAACAACAACGUCAUCGACGUCGUCACCCACACUCUCAACAAGCAAAUGAAGUCGAGUCAUUUUCUCGUUUUGAUUUUUAA